GCCCGGUACGGAAGUGGCACUGUCCCUGUGUCCCCAACCCGGGAAGUGGCACUGUCCCUGUGUCCCUGGGUCCCCAACCCAGCGGUGGCUCCCGGCUGGCUGCAGACCCCAUCGUGUCACGAUGGCACCGUGCUCCUGAGCCACCCCAGCCAUGGAGACAGUUGUCAUCGUGGCCAUCGGGGUGCUGGCCACCAUCUUCCUGGCCUCCUUCGUGGCACUGGUGGUGGUCUGCAGGCAGAGGUACUGCCACCCCAAGGACCUCCGGCACCACUAUGACACCAAACCCAUUGUGGAGCUGAUGGGGAGCAGUGAGGUGGCCUCGGAGCCCUCGGAGCUGGAGCUGGAUGACGUGGUGAUCACCAACCCCCACAUCCAGGCCAUCCUGGAGAAUGAGGACUGGGUUGAGGAUGCCUCGGGUCUGGUGUCCCACUGCAUCGCCAUCCUGAAGAUCUGCCACACGCUGACAGAGAAGUUGGUGGCCAUGACCAUGGGCUCAGGUGCCCGUGUCAAGUCCCCCGCCAGCCUGGGUGACAUCAUCGUGGUGGCCAAACGCAUCAGCCCCAGGGUGGAUGAUGUGGUGAGAUCCAUGUACCCCCCGCUGGACCCCAAACUGCUGGAUGCCAGGGCGGCGGCCCUGCUGCUGUCUGUCAGUCACCUGGUGUUGGUGACACGCAGCGCCUGCCGCCAGCCCGCCGCCCGCCAUUGGGUGGAGCGCUCGCUGGCGGCCGCCGAGGAGCACAUGGCGGCCCUGAGGGUGGCGGCCAUGGCCACCCGACCCCCCGGCCAACACCCCCCCCCAGAGACCCUCCGGCAGGAGCAGUCGGCCAUCUGAGACACCCCCAAAACUGUCACCCCUGAACAUGACUUGGAAAUAAAGGAUGGAGCCCACC